AAAGGCGGAAGCCUGGGGCGCGCUGUCGGGGCCGUGCGCUGCGGCCGGAGCUGCUUGUGGGACCAUGUCUGUCGGCAGGAGGCAAGUGUUCAUAGGGAAAGUACUGAAGAGGCUCUUUGCUGCUACUCCCUCCACUUCUUAUAUGCCUGUUCCAAGUGGAGAAGAGAUGGUACUAAAAACUCCUGCCUCAAAACCACAGCAGAAGGAUUCUGAGAAUGCUCAGGCUUCAUCAGAAUGUGCCAGUUCCCCAGGUAGGGAAAAUGAAAUCCUGCUUCCAAGGUUAUACACAGUAAGUCUUCCUCCUGAAGGCUACAUCCCAGAUAAUCCAAGAACAGAUAGUCCCACAAAUGCUGAAAACUCAGAGAGUAGUGAUGAUGCAGCAGAGGAGGAUUCUCAUGGACAACCCAAGAGAAGGCGCAUUCGAAGGAAGAAACGAAAGAACACUGUUGGAAAUCCUGAUAAUUUACAUGGCGAACAAACAGAAUCUGGGAAGCAUGAGACUCUGUUUCAAGAUAAUUUACAGCUGCAGCAGACAGACGGCACAAAAGUUAGCAAAAACAAAAAGAGGAAAAUGAAAAAGAAACGACAAAAAGAAAAGAUGAAAGCAGCUGGCAUGCUAACAAAAACCACUGGUGUGGAUUUUACAUAUCAGCCUGAGAAGGACAACAGUGAAAGAGCAGACUUUAAAGACAUAUAUGAAAAAGCAGAUGGCGUUCUGGACUUCUUGCAGGCAACACAAGAAAUCUAUUUUGCUGACAAUAAAUCAAAAUGCACAGAUUCACCUAUGAGUUCAGCAACCGUCCAAGAGAUUUUACAACAUCUUGAAUCUCACAGCAUGGCUUCCUCAGAUGUGACACUUCUACAUCAGAUGAAAUCCCUUGUACUUUUGCAGGAUACUGAGAGAUUGAAGGGCAUUUUGGAACAAUUCCAAGAACAUUCCAUGAUGCUGCCUGAUCAUGCCAAGAUAAUCUCUUCUCUGUUCCACUACUGGAUUACAGAUAUCCUUCCCGUGAAGAACAGGAAAUAAAGCAUGUGUGUGUGUCCAUCUGUGCAGAGUUAAAAUUUAAUGUACAAACUGUAAGCUGAAUAGCGAAUGUUCAGAAAUAGCAGUGUACAUGCUGUAUAUUCAGCAAGGUAAAUGAGGUAUUUUUCAUAUCAUUGACUUCCUCCAAAAGACAAUGGGCAAUAUAAAAGUACUUUGAUUUUGUAUUUUGGUUGGUUGGGAACAUCUUACAUAUGAGCAUGCAUCAACCAAAUCAUUUAACAUAGACCCUGUGCAAACAGAUGCAGCUUUUUGCCGGAUUAGGGACAUAUAGGAUGGUUUCUGGUGCUCAAACCCUUUUGAUUCAAGAAAAAAGAACAGGAGUACUUGUGGCACCUUA